AUGUCCCUUUCGUUGGCCACUCCGACCUUUCUCAUCGAACCUUCUCUUUCAUCCCAAUCCUCUUCAUCAUCAAAAAAUGAAAAUCAUGAUGAUGAAAUUUACGAUACCUUCUCGCUCGCACAGUUGAAUCAGGAAAAUUCGUUGCAACAAGCCUACGCUUGUUCUCGGAGAAAACAAUUAUUACAUAGUGGACAACGACAUGGAGAGGAUCAUAUGGCUCUUAUUGAUUUGUUGGAUUCAGCAGGACAAGAAGAAUAUAGUGCUUGCAGAGACUCGUAUUAUCGGAGUGCAGAUGGAUUUUUGUUGGUGUUUUCGUUGAGUUCUCCGUGCUCUUUGGAAGAUUGUGCUCAAAUUUAUGAACAAAUAUUGAGAGUCAAAGAUGCUGAUAGGUAUCCAUGUGUGUUGAUUGGAAAUAAGUGUGAUUUGCAAGAGGAACGAGCAAUUUCGAGAUCCGAGUGUGAGCUCACAGCCUCUCGUUUGGGAUUACCUUAUUUUGAAACGAGUGCCAAAUGUAAUAUUAACACUGAAGAACCAUUCUUUGAAUUGGUUCGAAUGUGUGGAAGAUUGAAUGAAUAUCGAUUUGUAAUAGUAGGUUCAGGAGGUGUUGGAAAGUCAAGCAUUUCCCUACAAUUUAUACAGGGAGUGUUCGUAGAGACCUACGAUCCAACCAUUGAGGAUUCGUAUCGCAAACAAAUUCGUGUUCCAAAUGUGCCCCUAAACUCCAUCAUGACGGACAACAUGGCUGAUGAGAAGAAACCUCAAGAAAAACAAGGAUUUUUCUCUAAAUUCUUUAGGAAAUCGAAGAAGACAGCAAGUAGUAGCGCUUCCAUCAACACCAUUUCUUCAUUGGAAACACCAAACAAAGACGAGGAAGUUGUCAAAUUCAAAAAGUCUGAUGCUAAUUGUGUAGCCUUGAGUUUUAAACCAUUAUCAUCAGUCAUUCCCAAUGUCAUGCCAGUUCCACAAGCAUCUGGAUCGAAUGAUGGUCUUGAGCAAAAAGAGAAAGAUAAUGGCCUUUUAAUUUUCUGUAUUGACAUCUCGGGAAGCAUGGGACAGACUGAACUGCUACCAAGCUUCUCUGUUUUGAACUUAGACAUGAGAAAGGCUCAACAGAAGGAAGAAAAGACAAAACGUUUAUUGAGAGAGUUAGGACUUGAUACCGAAGUAGGUGUUCACAAUCAAUACCUUCCAAAUGAGAGCAGACAAUCAUCAUAUGUGAGCAGAAUUGAAUGUCUGUCUAUGGCCAUAGAUUUACAGCUGGAAGAAAUAUCGAAAGAGAAUCCAAACAAACGUGUUCUUAUCGUCACUUUUUCAGACAAGGUAACAAUUGUUGGUGACGGGAAAUUUGGUAAGGCAACAGUUCCAUCAAAUAUUUUGAACAAUUUUGAGGCAUUAUUCAAACUUGGCCGUUCGUAUCGAACAUCAAGCCUUAGUCCAAUUUACGAAACAAAAGACGCUCUUUCUGAGAUUGUUUAUUCUAUUAACGAGGAGGGCCAAACAGCUCUCAUUCCGGCCAUCACAGUCUCUUUGGGAAUUGCUAGCCAAGUUCAGAACUCCAAGGUAAUCGUUUGUACCGAUGGUGUGGCUAAUAUUGGAAUUGGGGGUGAAUCCGAAGAAGGAUCCAACAGGAAGAAUAGCAUUGUACAACAGAAGCAAUAUUACGACAAGAUUUCUAAUUUGGCAACAGAGUACGGUGUGAAUAUUAGCGUGUUUGGAAUUGAAGGCGCUGAUUGUAACAUGUCCAUGUUAGGAAAAAUUGCAGAUCAAACAAAUGGUACUACCAUGUUAGUGAAACCAAUUGAACUAAGACGUCAAAUGAGACAAAUCAUUGAUAAUCCUGUCAUUGCCACCAAUGUGAAGAUUAAUUUAAUUCUAUCUGCUCCUUUAACACUAAGAAAUCCUUCCAAGGCCCAAGAAGUUGUCACAAAAGGUAGCUCGACCAUAAUUUCUCAAAUGCUAGGGAGUGUUACAGCAGAAAACGAUCUUACUUUUGAAAUUCAAGUGAAUAACAACAAAUUGGACCCAAAAAACAGUGAAGCAUGGAUACAAGCUCAAGUGUUUUUCACAUCCAAUGACAACCAACGUUUAAGGGUGUUGACACAAAAACUCAAGCUGACCAACGACAGAAACGAGUCCUUACAAGGAGCAGAUAUUGCAAUUAUUGGAUUGAAUGCAGUGCUGAGAAGCGCUGAACUGGCCGAGGAAGGCAACUUUAGAGAGGCAAGACUCAAACUACAAAGCGCCAACAAAUUAAUGGAACAAAUUUGCAAAACUGACACACAACAAGAAGAAAUGCACUCUUUCGCAGCAAACACGAACGAGUUAGAUGAGGAUCUUCGGAAAUGUGAAAAAAAGUCCAAGACUUCUCCGACCAAUUGUCAUCUCUUAUUUUCAGAAUGA